AUGGUGAAAAGCGGCAAAAGCGGUCCGAAGAAGAUCCUCAUGCAAUGGGGCUUCGAAUUCCCUCCUGGCCCGAUCCUCUCUGAUGAUUCGACCGCCCACCUCGUGUUGACAGCAAUUUUCGGAACCGAGCUGCCUUGGGACGAGAACGAUAUGGCCACCCUGAACAGAGAGGCCGGAGCCUGUCUCGUUCGCGUGUUCAAUACUCUUGUCGGUCGCGCUGACCUCUUCGGUACCCUUCGCGGCCAUCCCGCGUUCUACGCAACCGUGGCCACUGAACUCAACACCAGAGGCGAGCUUACCGGCGACGCUCUCAAAGCCCUCGACGAAGUCUACUCGAUGCCUGUAUUGCGAUCAAGGACGCCUUCGCGGCUCUUCCGCCCCUGCAGACACUCUCUUACCGCCCGUCCCAACGAUAUAAGUGCUCUGACCGCCCAGCUCCAGGGCACCGACAUCGCCGAACCGGGACAAAACAUGCCCGCUUGGCCUCCCUCGCACUUCAGCCCUAACGAGAUCGCGCUCCUCGCCAAGCCAGACCUUCGAGCUGUCCUCUUCGGCAAGACCCCUCAGAAUCCCGGCGCAUCUCCCCCACUUCCCAACAAGACCACCAUGCCCCUUGAGACCCGCGCCUUCCUCUGCUCGCUUGCUCUUGCGAAGAACGAGCCCAACAGCAAGUGGACUCUCGCUCUUGUCCCCAUCGGACACUUCAAGGACAAUAUGGAGCGCCGUCAAUGGUACAAUCCCUCUGGGGGCCAGUCUAGCAACUGUUUCACGGUCGAGAACUCUAUGAUUCAAGCCAUCAAUGCUUUCCGGGCUGGAAAGAACACCUACAUCGCUCUUGCGACUCCCUGGUUUGGUCGUACCUGGGGUGCCAUCCCUUCAGUCGACGAUUAUGGCGACGGAAUCGAACUCAUCAUUUUCGACCCUAUCGUCCGCUACCCCCACAUCAUGAACAACCCUCAGAUCAAGGCGAGCCUCUCCAGGCUCUUUAGCUUCCGUCAGUCUAUUCACGACAAUAUAGAGGCGGCCAUCCAGAGAGCCGGAGGACGCCUGAUCCGUGAAUGGUAUGGCGGCAAGUUGGAAGCGCCUGCCAACGGAGCUGACAGUGUUCAGUUGGCGAGUGAGUGGAUUCGUCUGCUCGUUCUUGCCGAUGUCGGUCAGAUCCCAGACCCGUUGGCCGUUGACGAUGAGCAGUGGGCUCAGUGGGGCUUCGAGGAGGUACAGAUGUGA